UAGCGAAACCAGCAUUCUUAUAAUGAAAGUAGGGUUUCUCAGAAUCUGUUGGUCUGUGGCACUGAGCCCUAUAAAGCUCGUAACCACCGUGCCCUCCCGUCUCUAACGCCAGAUGUGAGCAGUGCCUCUUUCGCGCUACAGCAGCCUUACUUUCGGAUUGGUCAGUAACCAAGCGCUUGGUUCUUCAAAGCACUGAGAGAGUUACUGCCGAGAAACCUAGCGACUCUCACCAUCAAAGACCGCGAACAGCCUAUUUCAAGGCGCGUGGAUAAGAGCUGAGUGAGUGGAAUGGCCGGGACAGUCGUUGUUUUGAGUCAAACUCACUGUGCUGGGCCCCACAGCCUGGUACUGUGUGGGUGCUAACAGACAGGAACAAAGCAUGUGGACCACGUCUGCUAUGACAGUCAACAUGUCUGAGGCUGAGCCAGACCACAUUAACUGCACCAUCAGCCAUGAGAUCCACCAGUACCUGUUCUCUGUGGCCUACAUCCUGGUUCUUUUGAUUGGCGUUCCCACCAACGCCUUCUCCCUCUACCACGCCUGGCUUCAGCUGAGAGACAAGAACGAACUGGGGAUCUACCUGCUCAACCUGACCGUGUCAGACCUCCUCUACCUGGCCUCUCUGCCUCUCUGGCUGCAGUACAUCUUCCAGGGAGAUGACUGGAGACAAACUGAGUGGCUUUGCCAGCUGUGUGGCUUCCUGCUCUAUGAAAACAUUUAUGUUAGUAUCGGAUUCUUAUGUUGUAUCUCUAUAGACCGUUACCUGGCCGUAGUGUACCCAUUCCGCUUCACAGCUUUUCGAAGCAUGCGGGCAGCCACGUUGGCCAGCGCCUUCAUCUGGCUGAAAGAGAUUGCUGUGGGUGUUGUCUUUUUCAGACACAAGGAGCUAAGCAGGGACAGCACCAACCAAUCGGUGUGCUUUGAGCACUACCCCAUGCAGCCGUGGGAGUACCCAAUCAACUACUACCGUUUCGCUGUUGGCUUCCUGUUCCCACUAGGCAUCCUGUCCGUGUCGUAUCUCCGCGUCCUGCGGGCGGUCGGAAAAAGCGUAGGCACGCAAAGCACCCAGAAAACGCGCAUCAAGAACCUGGUGACCAGCACCAUUGUCAUUUUCCUGGUGUGUUUCUCUCCAUACCACGUGUUCCUGCUGGUGCGUACCAUCUUAGAAAGAGACUGCCCCUUCAUAAUCAACAUCUUCAACUACUACCACGUCUCCCUGCUGCUCACCAGCUUCAACUGCGUGGCCGACCCAGCGCUGUACUGUUUCGUCAGUGAGAGGGCCCAGCAGGGGAUCCAACAAGCCCAGGAGGCCUGUAGGCAGGCCCUCUGCUGCUGCUGCCACAGGGGACAGCACAGCCCCGUCACAGCCACAGGUACAGACUCCGAGGUGGCCACCUCCAACGAGAACAGAAAAGUCUCAGUCACACUGCUGACGUCUAGUAGUAAUAUUAAUAAUACAUGGGUUUUAUGAAGCUCUUUUGAAGGACCUAAAGACACUUGAAUAGUAGACUAGGAGCUAGGGUCGUAUUUGGAUGAGAGAGAAGGUCGGGGGAAAAAUACAUACAGUGACAGGACAUUGGACAUGAGACAUUAUGGGCAGCCCCAUGAGCAGUAACAUGUGAAGUUCAUCGGAGCCCAUCAAAUUUGCUGUCAAAUGAAAGCUAAGAGUCUAUAUUUUUGAGAAAUUAACUUAUAUAUACAUUUUUCAACCAUUUCCAAUGCAAAACAUGUGGAAUAAGCAAAGGCUUUGAUUUCUGUUCAACCAGAUAGAAAAGGGGUCUUAUAAAACAUCUACCAGAAAAAGUCUUAAAGGUAUUAGAAAUACAUCAAAACCCAGUAAUGUUGAAGUAAAGACCCUUCCAAGUAAUAUCUAUAUAUUUAUAUUUAGUUUUGCAGAAAUGUUUUGGCAUCUGUAAGUUUAAGGAAUAUUGCCUAGUGUCUCGUCAUUCUCUUACCAGAAACAUAUCUUCAAGAUAUCUUCUAAUUUCUCUCCCUCGUGAGGAGGGAGGAUAAUGAAAGUUCACAUAAGUAGCAAUUAAAGGUAGACCUACCGAUUUGAGUGUUUUUACUGAUAACAAUUUGGUUUAUGAUUUAUUAAGUGAUUUAAAACGUGUCAUUUUGUUACCAAAUUGGUAACGGAAUGACUUCUCCAGUUGAAAUCCCUUCUCCUGGUUCUUAUUGUCACCUUGCCAUGACUCUCAUGAGCCCUCUCUAUUUCCAUUUACUGUAACCAGCCCUCUCACCCACUGAGCACCGACGGACACCGCACGUCCAUGGACGUGGAAAAGUAGUUUACAUUUUGUCAGUCCAAAUCUAAACCAAUCAUAGAUGUCUGUUUCUACUGUACUGUACUGACCUUUACUAUGCUGAACUAUACUGUGCUGUACUGACAUGUACUUUUCUGAACUAUACUGUACUGUACUGACCUUUACUGUACUCUGCUCUAUUGUGCUUCAUUUUGGUGCUGUACUUUGUUGUGAAACAAUGACGUCUAUGAUUGGUACAGAUUGGGUCCGAACCGGACCAACCAAAUUUAAUAGCCAUCGUGUAGAAUAAUGCAUUACAUUUGUUCUACCUUUGUGUACCUUUUCAGGAUACAUCACAAUGAGGAGAAGGACAUUCAUAAUUAUGCACUUCUGUAUAGUACAGAUCAUGGUCUCAUGAUGUGACCAUCUGUUUCCGGGUGUUAAUCCACUUCACUUACUGUAUGUAGUUCAAUAACCAAAGUAGAUUUUUCUUUUCAAACUCAAGUUGUCAAAUCAUAGCUUGACACCGAUUCUUUCUGCAAACAUCUUUGAAUCUUAAUUUGGAGUAAAACGUGGUCCAAAAAAAGUGAGGGAGAUUAUAUUGGCAUUCUGUUACCAAACUUUACAUCUGUACUGUUCUUCGAGUCAAUGUUUUUGUCAAAUAUUCAGUGGAAAUUGUUAAAAGUAGUCCUUGUGCAUAGAGCUGUAUGCUUUGUUGAA